AUGCUCCAGCAACGCGACGCGCACGCGCUCCAGCAGCGCGACGCGCGAGCGCUCCAGCGCAACGACGCGCAAGCGCUCGACGCCGCGCUGCAGCAGCAGCAGCGCGCGCCGCUGCAGCCGCGCAACGCCAGCGACACGACGCCGCAGGCGUCGCCGCGCGCCGAGAAGGCCUACGCGACGCCGAUCCAGUACGUGCCGCCUCCGGCGCCGGCGGGCGCGGCCGCGUCGAGCCCGUCGUCCGCGAACACGACGCCCGCGACGGUCUACUGCCCGACGCCCGGCGCGACGCCCGCGGCCGCGUCGCCGCGGCCGUCGCCGCGGCGCUUCUUCGGGUCGCCGCGGCCCGCGCCGCCCGUCUACCGGCAGUCGCCACGGUCGAGCCGCGCGUUCGCGUCGCCGCGGCCCGAGCCGCCCGCGCCGCCGUCGCCCGCGCGGCGGUCGCCGCGGGCGUCGCGGAGCUACGAGUCCUUCCGGCCCGCGCCGCUGACGCCCGUGCGGUCCCACGCGCUCACGACGCCGCAGACGACGCCCAUGGGCGUCGGCGGCGUCGGCGCGCGGCUGACGACGCCCGUCGAGGCCGACACGUGCAGCAUCUGCCUCGAGGCCCUCGACGCCACGGGCAAGACGCUGCACACGAUCCGCAAGUGCGGCCACCGGUUCCACCUGGACUGCAUCUCGCGCGCCGUCGGCGCCAAGUGCACGACGUGCCCGCUCUGCCGGUCGCUCAUCAGCCCGGGCCUCACGCCGUGCCACAACCGCUUCGGCUUCGCGCCGGCGCGGGGCUACUCGCCCCUGGACCUCCGCUCCGACAUCCGCGGCGCCGCGCAGCGCGCGCGGGACGCGAUGCGCGCGCGCAUGGCCGCGCUCGAGGCCGCGCGCGAGGAGGAGCCGCCGACGCCGGCGACGCCGCCGCUCCGCUUCACGCUCACGGACGACGACCCCGUGUUCUAG